AUUAGGCAACUAACAAUAGCUUCAAAAUGUGCGGCAACCAGUAAAACACUUUAUUCUAAAAACGCCUGUUAACGAGCCGCCGCUGCGCUGAUGAUUAUCAUAGAAUAAGAAGAUUAUUAUUGUUUGUGUUUUGUGAGGUUAUAAGUGUUAUAACACCUACUGUAGUAAAUGACGAUAUUAUUACAUAAUUAUUUGAGUAUUUUCUUCUAACAAUGCCACGCAAAGGUAGAUCUCGUUUAACUUAUCGAAAAAGAAGGGGUUUUCGGGUAAGACGCAUUCUGAAGAAAAAGUUUAUCGCCAACAGUUUUUCUUUAGAAAACGAAAAACAGCCUGUUAUUCAAAUUUCAAGUGAACAAAAUGGCGAAAAACCUGAAAUCCAUGAGAAGAGUUCACUUGUUUCCAGAAGUUUAGCAGAUGAUUCUCACUUGCCUAUUGGCCAAAUUUCAAGUGAACAAAAUAGCGAAAAACCUGAAAUCCAAGAGGAGAGUUCACUUGUUUCCAUAACCUCAAAUGACGCCUUGGAACCUCGAUUUUGCGCCUUGUCUAGUCACGAUUUUGCCGAAAUCAAAACAACCACCACUUUUAUAGACAAGACUUUGUUCAUAAAGUCAUUUUUUGAUUGUAGAAACAAAUUUUUAUUACUAACAGCACCAAAAACCUUCGGGAAAUCCACUCUUAUGCACAUGUUGAAGCUUUUCCUGCUUGGGAAAACCCAUAUUUUCGAGGGCUUAAAGAUUGCCACUGAAGAAAAAGCUUUUUUUUUGAUGCAUUGUAAACUGCAUCCUGUGAUAUGCAUUGUAAACUGCAUCCUGUGAUACACAUUGAUU